UGCAGGAGGAGCGUUUGUCCUUUGAAAAGGGUUUCAUUUUAAAAGUUUAAUGCAAUGAAUCCGCAGCGCUGACAGCUUUUAUCAUCACUCUGUGCCUCGGCGCCCAAAUGCAGGAGAGAAUGAAGCGACACGAAGCGAGUGUGUUGUUGACACUGUGGAUGAUUUUAGAGUGUAUAGAAGCAAAGAAGCAUUGCUGGUAUUUCGAAGGAGGAUCCCCAAUCUAUUUCAUAUGUCGCUCUUACGAGGACUGUUGUGGGACGCGCUGCUGUGUCCGAGCCCUCUCCAUCCAGAGGCUGUGGUAUUUCUGGCUGUUGCUGAUGAUGGGAGUGCUCUUUUGCUGCGGUGCAGGCUUUUUCCUUCGCAGACGGAUGUAUCCUUCUCCGCUCAGUGAUGAGCCUGCUUUUAACGUGUCCUUCACCAGACAGCCUGUCGGCACGCCUGUCUCCCAGCAACCAGGCGUGCAAGGCUACGUUGACCCUUGCAGCACCAUGACAAUGGCCUUAGCCCCUGCCUACUCAGGUCAGCCCACCCCAGCCCAUAUGAUGAGCUUGUACCCACCGCCCCCUUCCUACUGCAAUCAUCCUCCACCUUCAUACGACCAGGUCUUCAAGACAGCCGAGAAAAAGAACCACAAUGAAUCAUCGCAAUGAAAGAGGCCACAAGAACAGUCCACAUGAACUAGAAAGCGACCACACCACUAAAAAGAAGCUCUGACAGUUUCCAGUAGCUUUAAGUGGGUCUCAAGAAACUGUUUUCUUUUUAAUUUACUUGUUGUAAGUUUGUCAUAUAUCACUUGAUAGGUGCACUACAGAGGGGCAACAAAGAAAACUUAUACUUGAAAGUGGGAUUUUAAAAAACGAAUGAAGAAAUUGGCUUCUCUACUUAACAAAGGUUUGAAGAACCUGUCAGAAUGUGAAGUUCAGAAGAGAAAUGGAAGCGCUUCAACUCUCUUUGAAAAAGCGUGUAUUCUCAUACACAGUGUGUGAGACACUCUCUUGCUUUACCAGUGGCAAGUAAACCUUGGAAGGUAGUUACAAAAAGAAAAACAUGCUGAGACGCCAGGUGUAAGCAAUCCAUUGUCCUUUGGAAAAUAGCUGCUCCCACGGCGACAGAUGGGAUGCCAUGGAAACCAAUGAGCAGAUUAAUGCAUGACAUCAAUUCAGUCACCCUGUGAUGUCAUAGACCCAUAAAGCAGGGAGUUGCAAACUGUAGACACUGACACAGAUACUAAUGCCAAAUCAGUCUUGCAUGUAUCUAAGCCAGUGAAUAUCAUUCAAUCAUGAACAUGACAGGUCAUGGAACAGUUUAUUCAUGCUACCUAACCUUCAAAACAGAAACAGUUGCUUUGAUCACAUCAAAUGGUUUAAUGGGUCAAGACUCUCUGCACUGGGUAAAUGGGACGGAACUAAUUGGUUUCUUAGUUGUGUUCAAAAUUACCCCCGAAAAAAUGUGAAAUAGAAGAUGAACUCGUGAGGAGGGAGUCUAUUAAAGCCAUGUUAACCGUUCCUGUUACAGCAAGAGAAAGAAAAUGUAUUAAUGUCUUUCAUUACACUCAUAGAGCCCUGAUGUUGUCAAUGGGUUAUAAAAACAAUUGCACAUUUUGGGUUAAAUGUCUUGUUAUGAGCUAAAUCCUGUUAAUUGCCCUUUGUGAGUUUUUUGUGAACUGUUGGAAUUUCUUUGUACAAAUUAAAAAUGUCCUUCAUGACAGAUUUUAUUGAAAUGGGUUUUCUGAGAAAUCCCACCUGUGUCUGUGAAAUUCAAAUUAUAAAUGAAAUUUAAAUGUAGGCCUGCUUUAUUUCUACAUACUUACAGCAUUUUCACACUUUGCUCAUUUGGAGCAUUUGUUUUGGUACCUGGUGUAUUUUUUCCCCUUUGUUUGGUUCAUUUAGGCAUAUAUGAACACAACAAUUGCACUCGGAUUUGCAAUAAAACAAUCGGCCCAAGACCACCUUGAUGAAGUACACUUAGUCCAAUUUCAUAUGAACGCUGGAACGGUUCACUCGUGGUAAGAAUGCAAUCCGAUCGGCAGACCAAUGAACCGACUACUAUUCCUAUGAUAACAACGAGUAUACAUGAUGGACCUUUGGAGAAGGAAUCUAUGGGUUAGCACAUCACAACUCUCCAUUAAAUGCUGGAAACUUUUUUUGGUGGCUAUAUAUUAGAUAUGAUUGCAUGAUUACUAAAAUUGUUAUAGGUAAUGUAGAGGUAAUUUAUCAGUGUGAUCGCUUCUGUGUUUGUGGCACAACAAGUAGGAAAACUUGGUGGCGUUAACAACUUUUUCACAGAUAAAAACAAGAAAGAAAAUGCAUGAAAUCCCACGAGUUUUCAUUUUAAACAUCUUUACGUGGCUUCAAUCUUUAUAAUGCACUAUUUAAUGCAGAAAUUAUGCAAAAUGAACUAUUGAUGGAUGAAAAUAACAAUGAUAGAAAUGUUUUCAACUCUCAUCCUUCUGAGUGAUGGAUAAGGUUUAUUUGUAAGAGCAACCUCAAAUUGCAAUUCUCAUUCUGUACCAUAUGGCAGCAUUUUGCAUUACCGUGAUAUAAUCAUUACUCGAAAAUGUGUACUUAUUGACAUUUCUACCAGUAUAUUGCCCACAUAUUCCACUAUGAGCUAAACCCCUGAACAGCACUCAAACAUUCUGACCUAUGAAGGGACGGUUUUCUUACAUGCACUGAUAUGUAAUAAAGAACUGGAUUGCUCAUGACGUCCUAUCUGUGAAGCCACUGCGCCGCCAUAUUGCUAUGUCCAAACAUUCCAAUGUGCCUAUUGACUUAAUAGGAAAUGAUCUAAUUUCAUAGAUUAAACAUUAAUCAUUCAAUCACCGAUUUUAUAUCUGAAAUCUGCAUGUACAUUCCUUCAACGCAAAUGUCCUACACAUGUAAUUAUUUAUUUAUAUAAAGACAGGAAUUUUAAGGUAAGAUGCAAACAGACAUUUUCAGACUUAUUUAUUGUGAUAAUUGAAGUGUUUGUUCAGAGUUGCUUGUUUAAUGUUUUCAUCAAAAAGUGCCUUUUUCUCACAUCAAAUAAUUGAUGUGAGAAAUAUUAUACUGGUGGCUCAUAUUAGCUUAUCACAGCCCAUUCGUUUCGCGGCCGAUACACCGGCCCGCUCAAUUCUCCCGAUGGCCAGUCUGCUCCUGAUCCACUGCAGUCUGCAAAUUAUCCAUAAUGAGCAAAUAAAAAAUGUAACAUGUUUGUCAAAAUGUGACUGUCGUAUCCGCAGGUCAGAGAUGGUGAAACAUGGGUGUUUUAGCCUGUCAGUCGUUGAUGCUCAAUGAGAGUUUGAGCAUAUCAAGAUGGCCGCUCGAACACUUAUGGUGGCUUCACCUUCUGCAGGCACCCUUGCAUCAGUGAUCCAGUUCUAUACAUAUAUCAGUGCUUACAUGUGACUUUUAGAAACACAUUUUGGUCAGUGUCGAAAUGCUGCCUUGUAAAAGCAAACCAAACCAAUGAGUAAAUGCAAAACUGGAACCAUUUUAGACCCAAAUCAAAUAAACCAAAGGUCUGAAAACACCCUUAUUCAGCAUGUUAUUGAAACAGAACUAAGUUAGAUCAUUUGAAAUACGAGUUACUGUAUAGUUGAGUGUUUUGCCUACUGAAUUCUUACAUUUAUAUAUUGGAUUUUGCUUGCUGGUUUAACAUUUUGACUGUAACUUAAUGUUGUGACCUUGAGUAGACUGUGCCUUUGGGAGUAGAAUUGCAUCAGGCUUUUUUGACACAAAAAUUACCACAACACUAAUUAGGAGAGAAUCACAAAAUUAGGAGAGAAUCACAAAAUUAGGAGAGAGACUGGACUUUUUGCCCAAUCAUGCAAGUAUGUGAAGCUGAAAAAGCAAGAGCUCCCCAUUGGAGACUUAAUAUCUACUGAAACUGUUAGGUGACCAUAAAUAGAUCCUGUUAUAUUUAAAGUUCAUUGGAGAAAACAUGUUGAAAAUGAUGCUUUUUGUAGUUGUGGAUAUUCUUAAUGGUUUAAUUUAUUUAAUCUGCUUGCUAAACUAUGCAAAGGAGAAAUGGUGUCUGUUUGCUAAAUGUUAUAAUUGAAUUGUUAAGAUUAGGGUUAGUGUGACUCAUUGUUUGAGUCAUGGUUGGAAAGAUGUUAAAUAACAGGAUAGGUUCUAACAUUACACAUUAUAUAUAGGGUGUCAAGGACAGCUGUGAAAUUUGAUGGUGCCAAACAUCUUAUGCAUCUCAAGCCUCAAGAGACAAAUUAAUAAUUAUGCAGCCCUAGUAAGAUGUGUGAGCUGUCACUUUGAUGUUGGACAUGUAAAAAUGUGUGAAGAUGUGACAAUUUUGUUUAGUAUUUGCACUGUUAUCUACACCAUCAUGGACACAUCAACAACCAUGUCAUAGUGAAAACCUUUUAACAGUUGUUCAUGAACUGUAGUAAUAAAGUACACCUCUGUUUGA